UAGAAUUUAGCAACGUCGCGAACAAGAUGCAAUCCCCUCGAGCAGUGCUUCUGUUAUUGCUGUCCGUUCAGCUACUGCGGUGCGGGGGCAUGCCGCUGCCCUGGAAGCUUCAAGCCGAUCCCGAGGAGUCGGCGGGCUAUGCGGAGGGUGACAUGCAGUUGACGGAGAGACAACGGCAGGUGCUGGAGCAUGGCCCCAUGGGUCGCAACGGUCUAUUGGAUACCACAAGACGUUGGCCCGGCAAUCUGGUCGUGUACAGCAUCUCCACAGACUUCGAUGCCGCCCACAGGCAGGCCAUUCUGAAGGGCAUGCAGACGAUCGAGGAGGCGACCUGCAUUCGUUUCCGUGAGGCCAACGAACAGGAUGUGGACUAUGUGAGCAUUACGGCCCAACCAGGCGGCUGCUUUACGGCCGUGGGCUACCUUGGCGGUCAGCAGCAAAUGAACCUGGAGAUAUAUCCCAUCGGCGAGGGCUGCUUCAGGCCCGGCACCGUGCUGCACGAGCUGAUGCAUGCGCUGGGCUUCUACCACGAGCAGAGCUCGGCGCUGCGCGAUGACUACAUCGAGGUCAUCGCGGAGAACAUUGUGCCCGGCAAGGAGUUCAAUUUCCAAAAGUACUCGGAUAAAGUCGUCACCGACUUCGAUGUGGGCUACGACUACAAUAGCUGCUUGCACUAUCGUCCCGGCGCCUUUUCCAUCAACGGCAAGGACACGAUUGUGCCGCUCGACCCGACAGCUGUGAUCGGACAGCGCCUGGGCCUGAGCGACAAGGAUAAGGACAAGAUCAACAUCAUGUACAAGUGUCCCAUUUUGAUAUGAGCUUCGAGUGUUGGCU